AUGGGACGAGCAGAAGAAGCCAUAAAUAUUGUUCAUUUACUUGCUGAUCAACCACCAAUUGAUAAUGAUUAUCGUCGAGUAUUUCCACUUGUGGUUCGUAAUAGAGA